GAUACCCACAACUCUUCAUCACGUUUACAUGUAACCCAAAGUGGCCUGAAAUUGUUCGCUACGUCGAGUGUAGAGGACUUGCUCCGGAUGAUCGUCCAGAUAUCAUUUGUAGAAUCUUCAAGAUCAAACUUGAAAUGCUCAUAAAAGACUUGAAAGAAAAUAGACUAUUCGGUGAAGUUAAAGCAGUUGUAUACACUGUGGAGUUUCAGAAACGUGGAUUGCCACAUGCUCAUAUUGUGUUAUGGUUGACGUGAAAGGACACGACUAUAUUGGCAUCAGACAUUGACAGCAUCAUCUCAGCUGAAAUUCCGGAUGAGAAAAAUGACCAUGAUUAUUAUGUUGCUGUCAAAGAGUUAAUGGUGCACGGGCCUUGUGGGGUUCUGAACAAAUCUUCGCCGUGUAUGGAGAAUGGUCACUGCACGAAACACUUUCCGAAGAAAUUUGUGAGACGUACUACAAUUGAUGGAAGUGGAUUUCCCAUUUACAGAAGAAGAGACAAUGGAAGGAGUGUAAUGAAGAAUGAGACUCUUCUUGACAAUAGAUUUGUCAUCCCUCAUAACCGUACAUUACUGCUCAAGUAUGGGGCUCACAUUAAUGUUGAGUGGUGUAAUCAAACCCGGGCAGUGAAAUACCUCUUCAAGUACAUUAAUAAGGGUAAUGAUCGGAUCACAGUAGCAUUCUCUGAG